CCAAUUCCUCUAAUUUGUUUCCCUCCAUCCAAACAACAUACAUGGGGCAUUCUAGCUUCCUCCUUUCUAUCAUUUAUUUCUUGUGCUUCAGCUUUCUAGUCUUUGCCACCCACCGGAGCAAUGACACUGAUCGUCUCGCUUUGCUGCAACUCAAAGCCAAAAUAAUACAUGACCCAUUUGGGAUCAUGGGUGCAUGGAAUAGCACCCUUCACUUCUGCCAGUGGUACGGCGUCCGUUGUGGGCGUAAGCACCAGAGGGUCACAAUUGUAAACCUCAGCUCCCUCGAACUUUCAGGUUCCAUAUCACCAUAUGUUGGUAACUUGAGCUUUUUAAAGAAGUUGUUCCUUUAUAACAAUAGCUUCAAUGGUGAGAUUCCUACUGAGAUUGGACAUUUGCGCAGAUUGCAAAAUUUGUAUCUUCACAAUAAUUCAAUAGGUGGUCGAAUUCCUGCUAGCAUAUCUAAUUGUUCUAACCUUGGUUACUUUACUUCGUAUAACAACAAUCUGGUAGGGAGAAUCCCUGCGAGAAUUGGUUCCUUGCUGAAGCUCAAAGCAAUUGCUGUGGCCGGCAAUCAUUUGACAGGGGAUCUGCCACCGUCUCUGGGUAACCUUUCUUCUCUUCAAGAAAUUAAUGUACAAGAAAAUAAUUUCCAUGUGUCUUUCCCCGAUGCUCUUUGCAAAUUGAUGAAUCUAAGGAUUUUAGAUUUGUCUAUAAAUCAAUUUUUGGGUACCAUCCCUCCCUCAUUCUUGAACCUCUCUUUGAUUGAGGUUAUAGACAUCUCAAUAAACAGCUUAGAAGGCAGUCUUCCCUUGAACCUAGGCAACUCUUUUCCAAAUCUCCAAUUCUUCUCCAUUGUAGGUAACCAUUUCAGUGGAUCUAUUCCUAUGUCAAUUUCAAAUGCCUCAAGUUUGGAAUUGUUCCAGUUAAAUGAAAAUAAUUUUACCGGAAGAGUGCCUUCUCUUCAGAAGUUGCAUAGGCUUAUGAGAUUAACAAUUGCUGGAAACAAUUUGGGAAGUGGGAAAGCUGAUGACUUGGAGUUCCUUUCCACUUUGAGUAAUGCCACCAAUUUACAGGCAUUGAUCAUAAAUGAAAAUAACUUUGGGGGGAAGUUGCCUGAACAACUCUGCAGCUUUUCAGAAAAGCUCCAGAUGAUUUUCAUUGAUGAAAAUCAAAUAUUUGGAAACAUUCCCACAAGGAAUUGUGUUUCCUUGGAAAUUCUUGUUGCAAAUGACAACUACUUGUCAGGUCCCAUUCCUUCUAGCAUUGGAAAGCUUAUAAAUCUGGGAAUACUGUAUCUGAAGCACAAUGAUCUCUCAGGAUCUAUUCCUUCCACUAUAGGAAACAUGACAAGUUUACUUCAAAUGGAUCUAUCUCAUAAUAAGCUUCAAGGCAUGAUCCCUCCUAGUCUUGGGAAUUGCAAAAAAUUGAUCAGAUUAGAUCUUUCUUACAAUAAUCUUAGUGGUCCCAUGCCUCCGCAACUUUUUGGAUCUUCCCCUUUAUCUAUUGGUCUUGACUUAUCCAGAAAUCAGUUGUCAGGCUCCAUUCCCUCGGAAAUAGGAAACUUAACAAAUAUGGGACGCCUAUACCUUUCUAAGAACGUGCUAUCAGGAGUGAUUCCGAAAGAUCUUAGCAGUUGUACGAGUCUAGAAUACUUGUACAUGGAUGCCAACUUGUUUCAAGGGUCUGUUCCUUCAUCUCUAAGUUCCCUGCGUGGCCUUCGAGAAUUAAAUCUUUCUCACAACUUGUUAUCAGGCAAUAUCCCAGAGUUCCUAGAGGAGUUUCAUACCUUAAAGUUGUUGGAUUUGUCUUAUAACAACUUUGAAGGUACAAUACCAUUAGAAGGAGUUUUCAAGAACGUAACUGCCAUCUCCAUAGAAGGAAACAAAAAUCUUUGUGGUGGCAUACCUGAAUUGGGGUUGCCUCCAUGUAAGCUUCAGCAACCAAAGAGGGGAUUGACUAUAACAUUGAAGAUUAUAAUCUCAACUGUUUCUGUGGUUACAGGUGCAACAGUUCUGCUGAUUUGUUUGCUUAUGCGCCUAUCAAGAAAGAGAAAAAGAGAUCAGUCUUCCUCAUCAUUUCAUGGGAAGGAGCUACUGAAGUUGUCCUAUCAAAAUCUUCUCAAAGCUACUAAUGGAUUCUCUUCAGAUAAUUUAAUUGGUACAGGUAGCUUUGGUUCAGUAUAUAAAGGAAUUCUUGAUCCAGAGGGAACUAUUGUUGCAGUAAAGGUAUUUAACCUCAUGUGUCGAGGAGCUAUAAAAAGUUUCGUAGCUGAAUGUGAGGCCUUGAGGAAUCUUAGGCAUCGAAAUCUAGUUAAAAUACUCACAACUUGCUCAGGUGUUAAUUAUCAAGGCGAUGAUUUCAAAGCUUUGGUUUAUGAGUUCAUGGUCAAUGGAAGCUUGGAUAGUUGGCUGCAUCCCGCUCUUGGAUCAGAUGAAGUGCCAAGGACUUUAGAUAUACUCCAAAGGCUCAACAUAGGCAUUGAUGUUGCUUGUGCAUUGGAGUAUCUUCAUCUUCAUUGCGAAACACCAGUUGUUCAUUCUGAUCUAAAACCAAGCAAUGUCCUUCUGGAUGAAAACAUGACUGGACGUUUAAGUGAUUUUGGAUUGGUAAAGUUUCUUUCCGAUGGGAUUCUUGGUAAUUCUACAGAUCAAUCUAGCUCAUUUGGACUACGAGGAACCAUUGGUUACUGUCCUCCAGAGUAUGGUGUGGGAAGCAAGACAUCAACAUCUGGUGAUAUAUUUAGCUUUGGCAUACUCUUGCUGGAGAUGUUCUCAGGAAAGAGGCCAACUGAUGAAAUGUUUAAAGAAAAUUUGAGCCUUCACAAUUUUGUCAAGAGAGCAUUGCCUGAACAGGUGACAGAGAUUAUAGAUCCCAACCUUUUUCAAGCACGAUUCAGUGUACACCACAACGACAACUUGAGGAACAGAAGAAAUGAUAUGUUCAUUGAGUGCUUGAUUUCAAUAUUUAAAAUUGGACUCUCCUGUUCUGCUGAAUCACCACAAGAGCGCAUGAAUAUCAGUGAUAUUGUUGCUCAACUCUCUUCCAUUAAAAACAAAUUUCUUGGGGCUCAAUUACCUCGGGAGAGGGAAGUUGCAGAUGCAUUUCUAUUGGCAGGUGGACAAAGCUGAUGAUGAUUUGGAUGGAAUUGCAAAGUGAGUGUUGCCACAGGGCUAAGUUGUUCUUGACUUGUCUUUCUAAGCGUCCAUACGCCUGCGUUGCAGAUUCUGUCUAAAGUCUUAAGCAGUGUUGAAUCAAAUCAUAGAUUUUGUUGUUUUUUUUUUUU